AUGGACGCUGGGUCGCCGGAGAGGAAGGUCGCCGAAGAGUCCGCCCGCGAGUCGCUCAUCGCCAUUUCUCAGUCCACUCCCGCAGAGGCCCCGGCGGCGGCGCACCUCUCGCCGGAGCACCCGCCGGGCGGCGGCGGUGCCGGCGUCGGAGAGGAGGAGUACCGAACCAGGCUCAUCUCCAUCUCCGACUCCAAGUCUCCGGACGCGAAGGCCUCGCCGCUGCCGCCGUCGCCGGAGAAUCUCCACACGUGA